ACAAAAAGGUGCGGCAGUGGUAGUGGAACGUGGGAGCGAGCUAGAAUGAGUAUUAAGGUUCUGAUUUUGAUGGCCAUGCAGGGUUUGAUGUUGGUGAUGAUGCAAGUUGAAGGUCAGUUUGCAGAGAAUGGUAAUUUGUAUACUUGUUGGGGAGGAUGUUAUAAUCAGUGUGUUUUGCUUGGCCGGAGCUCCGCCGUAGCCGGCGGGGGGAAUUUUCCGUGCUAUAUUGGGUGCUUGAGCAGUUGCGUUCCCCAGUCGGCGGCGCAGUACCAGAACUAUUGCCAGAUCGGCUGCUCUCUUCAACUUUGCUUUCCAUCCAUCACUAAUGGUGCACAAUUGGAGAAUUGCUUUGCUAAUUGCGCCAACGUCUGUGGGCUAUAGCCGUUUCUCCCCAGAAAAAUAAAUAAAGUCCUGAUGAGAUUUUUUAUGAUUUCUUACUUUAUUUUAUUUUUAUUAGAUAUAAAAAAAUGUAUUUUCUUUUUCUUUUGCAAGUUAAAAAAGAAAAAAAAAAUUCCUCCCCUAAAGAUCAGAGUACCCGAGUGAAUGUAUGAAGUACAAUUCAUGUAUGAUCACAUGUUUGAUUCUUGCCAAAGCUUUCUCGGUCGAGCGUAUCGCAUAAGGUCUCUCUAAAAUGAGUUACUUUUACUCUAUGAUUAUGGACUAUUAUAUAAGAGUGAGUUUAUCCG